GAUCCAAAGCUGUGAUUGGGAUGAAGAAGACAUUGACUUUUUACCAGGGUCGUGUGCCGAAAUCGAAGAAGACCAGCUGGGUCAUUCAUGAGUACUAUCUUCCUGGAAAUGGAGUUAUUCAGAAGCAGGCCCAGGGCGACUUUGUUAUCUGUCGCUUGAAGAUUAGAUCAGAUAAGAAGGAUUCUUUGGUCAGUAAUGAAGGACAAUCCGGUAGCGAGAGUGUGUCUGAAAUGAAUCAAGAGGGAAAUGAGGAGUUGCUAUUCCAUCAACCUCAGCCUCAGGACUGCUGCUCCUCAGCACUGCGGUCACCGGUGUCCCAAGAGCUGGAAGCUGUUCUGCAAACCAACGGCACUAAUGAUGAUUGUAAUGAGUUACAAUCACCAUUUGGAGAUAGUGAUUCCUGUCAUCAAGACGGGAAUGAAGUUUCAACCUGUGAUGAAUAUGAGACUCUGUAUGAUGUGUUUCCACAGCUACGUGAUCCGCCAGAAGAAAAUCUGGAUUCACUCUUUGGUCCACAUCAGCCACAAGAUUACUGCCCGUCCAUACUGCAGUCACCAAUAUACACAAAGCUGUGGUAUGUACCACAUCCACUCCAGCCACAAGAUUACUGUUCUUCCAUACUGCAGUCACCAAUAUACACAAAGCUGGGAGAUGUUUCACACCCACUCCAGGCACAAGAUUACGAGCCCUCAAAGUUGCAGUCACCAAUAUACACAAAGCUUGGAAAUGUUCCAGACGCCAAUCUCUAUUGUGGUGAAUGCAAUAAUUGGCAAUCUGCAAUUAAGAAAAAAAUUUCAACCAAUGAAGUUGACAUACCAUUUAGACAGAUCAUGUCUAAUUCUGAAAAUCAAGCUACAGAUUAUAGGAUUCUAGAGGUGCAUCAUCCUCAAAUCAAAGAAAAUCUGGAAUCAGUGGUUUAUCCAUUCCAGCCACAAGAUUCCACAUUGCAGCCACUGAUGUACACAAAAUUUGGAGAUGCUCUACAUAAUAUUGAAUGCAAUGAGUUGCAGUCUUCAUUUGGGGAUACGGAUUCUUCUCUCACAAAGUUCUUGAAUACAAAUUUUGCUUACCAAGAUGGUUUCAAAGAAUCUAACCUGCCAAACUCACUGGGAAUGGUCUACCAUGGAGAUAGUGGAGUAAGCAAUUAUACAAACACUGAAGUACAAUAUGCGUCUGCAUUAGCUAUUGGAAAUACCCUCCAAUGUAGCUAAUGAACUCCAAAAGGUCUGAUAUUCUCCUACAAAGAUACAACAAUCUUCCAAGCAACACGAACUUUUUUAGAGGUAUUGAUGGUCUGCUCUCUGCACUCAAAUUGUUGGGUAGAAUAGUCCCGGACCUCAUUCUUGAUAGUAAAGAGAAAUGUUACACUUUUAAGUAGUGCUGAUAUUUAAGUAGUCUUCUAUACCAACUUUACCUUAUGGUAGACUAGUGUAUCACUUUUGUAUUCUACUUUGUUACUUUUCUUCGUCAAAUGGGUUUCAGAUGUUC